UCUCCAAAUCCGCGAUUAAGGCACGCCAUUGAUUGCGUUAACAAAACGGGCGCGGUGGACUUCGUCGUCUUAAGCCCUGCGCUGCCCUCGCUACGACCACCCGCGUCCAUCUCCACAACGACAGCUGAUUCCUCUUUCCUUAUCUCUUAUUCCACGUCUAUUUCAUUCGCCUCUGGUGAUCUCGAACGACGACGAGCAGGACGUUACGGUUCGCAGAGUGCCCUGCUCUUAGGUUUCCCGUCCGUCCAUGGCCAUAGAAGCGCACCAUCCCUCGAAUCUCCUAUUCAGCAACUGCGGCGAGGAGACGACGGGUGCUCCCGGUUUCUUUGAGUCGCCGUCGACGGUUAUCUUCCAUGAAGAAGGUGGAGCAGCAGCAGGAAAUUUGAAUCCGAGGAAGAGAGGAAGAGAAGAAUCGAUUUUGAAUCCAAUAGCUACCGGAGUUGCUCCGGUGAUGACGAACGGCAAUGUUAGUGACUUCUCGUUUCUCCAACCGAAUUGCAUCGCUUCGCCGAUGUUCGUUGGCGUCAAUUGGCCACUAGCGAAAUCCACCGGUCCCUUGACCGCCACCGGCCUUCAACUCGGCUUGGGGGCUCAACAGCAGCAGUUUCAGACACCGAGUUUUUUUUCCGCCGGAAUUUCGGAUGAACUCGUCCUUCAUUUGCAGCAAUUCCAGAAAGAUGUCGACGGAUAUGUCCGUGAGCAAGGAGAGAUUCUGCGGCAAUCUAUUACCGGAAAAUGGCAGUCUCAUGCGCGAACUUUGAUACGAGCCGCGGUCUCAUCCGCACAACGGAGACUGACUGCGAAGGAAGCGGAGAGGCAGCUGGCAGUACGGAGAGUCGCCGAGCUCGAGCAGAGGAUAAUCCAAUUGCAAGAUGAAACUCUGUCUUGGCGGACUAAGGCCUUAGUCGCCCAAUCUCAGGUUUCCUCCCUCCAGAUCCAUCUUCAACAGGCGAUGGAGGUCGCCGCCGUGGCCCAAGAGAGACAAGGAGAGAGCUGCGACCCAGCCCUUGCCGAUGACGCUGCAUCAGCCGCGUGCGUCGACUCAGCCUCACCGCGGUCAGCGUCCUAUGGUUCCUGCCGCGCCUGCUGCAAGAAGGAGUCAACGGCCACCUCGGUAGUGCUCCCUUGUCGCCACCUCUGUCUUUGCGCUGAUUGCUCAAUCUCCGACUCCGCACUCCACUGCCCCGUCUGCGGUUUUCUCGGCACCGGAAUCAUACACAUUGCGUUCACCUGAAUCACUUCAUUACUUUUAUAUUUUCGGCGGUAACAAAAUCAAGAAAAAAAUAAAAUUAUUUGAGAAUUGCAAUGAUUCAAUAUGAACGGAAAUUUAUUUA